AUGAAUAGACUUGAGGAAGCUUUGCAAUUUAUGAUUUAGCAAUUACUAAAAUCCAGAAUUUGCAGAUAAUUACGUUUAUAAAGGUAAAUUUUCAUCACAUUUUGUAGCAAAUACUCUGUUGUAUUUUUGUACAUAAAAUGAUAUUCCAUAUGAAUAGAUUGGAAGAAGCUUUGUUAAACUACGAUUCAGCCACAAUUCAAAGGUAAAGUAAUAAUAUAUAUAAAUUUUAACAAGUCUAAAAUAUUUUCUGAAAAAAUAUUCAAUUUAUUAAUUUACCUUUGUGAAAACAAGAACACGAAGAUUCAGGGUUUAAAUUAAUGGCUAAAUCAAUAUUAUGCAAUUAUGA